GGUGUGAUCUGUCAGACGAGAGGACUCGAUACCGAUGCGCUUGAAAGGAGUGAAGCGAAAAACCCGCUUGUUGCGCUUCAUUUUUUACACAAGAGGACGACAGGAAAUAUAGUUUUGUUGUUGUUAUGAUAUUUACUUACCUAAUAUAGAUCUUUCGACGAAGCAUAGGAGUGCAAUAAUAGGCUAUAACCUCUUGUCUUCCCAGGCCAUUACUCAUGCAUUGUUGGAAGCUAACCGGGUAGCUUUGACUUAAGGGAUUGUUCCAUAACGUCAGUGAAAAACAAAUCGCUUCCCUUUUUUGAAGAGGAAGGCUGGGGCCGCAUAGCUUGUUCUGUAUUUUAUUUUUCUUCUGUGGGGUCUGUUUUUUUUAUUCUGCAAACGGAGCUCAUCUGAAUCAGUGCUACUCCGUCUAUCUUGAUAUUAGAACGACAGCGGCGGUUGUCGGAGAGGUGUGUGAGGAAGAGACAGUAAUGAUGAUGAUGAUGAUGAUCGGUAAAUCGGUGAAAGACAUUGACAGAUAUCAAGCUGUCCUCACUUCGCUACUGUCACUCGAGGAGAACAAAUUCUGCGCGGAUUGUAAAUCCAAAGGUCCCAGAUGGGCGUCAUGGAACCUGGGUAUAUUCAUCUGUAUCCGCUGUGCUGGGAUCCACAGGAACCUGGGCGUCCACAUCUCCAGGGUCAAGUCUGUGAACCUGGACCAAUGGACACAGGAACAGAUACAGUGUGUUCAGGAGAUAGGGAAUGCCAAGGCUAGACGACUGUAUGAAGCUUUCCUACCAGAAUGUUUCAUACGACCAGAGACUGACCAGUCAGCAGAGAUGUUCAUCAGGGACAAAUAUGAGAAGAAGAAGUACAUGGACAAGAUCCUAGACAUCAACAGACUUAGAAAAGAGAAGAGCUGUGAAAACAUCCCCAAGGAGCCAGUAGUGUUUGAGAAGAUGAAGUUGAAGAGAGAAAACAGCCCAAAGUCACAGACCCAGUCUCCGUCUGUCUCAGACCUUCUAGGACUUGAUGAUCCUGCUCCCCAUGCUGCUAUAUCUAAUGGUAGAUCCAGCUCUGGAGAGAGGGGGAGUCCUCUGGUGCCUAACCCAGCUACGGUGCACUCUGACCUGAAUCUAUUCAGCUCUCUGCCUGCCUCUUCCUCCACCACCUCCACCAAGACCACGCCGGCGGGUAGCUCCAUGCCCAGGGGUUGUGUGGCGGCGUCGGUACCCGAGAACCUCAGCCUGUUCCUGGACUCAGCACCCAGACAGGAGGGCUCUAGGAAAAAGAUGUCCAAGGAUUCCAUCCUCUCCCUCUAUGCAACCGCACCCACAUCACACCAGAACCUGGCUGCACGGGCUGGCCUGUACAUGAACCCAGCCCAGCUGGGCUACUACGGGUCGUACCAUUCCCUGGCCACGGAGGGGGGAGCGAUGGGAGGAGCCAUGGUGACAUCACACUCCAUGAUGGCCCUGAGUGGUCAGCAGCAGAACGGCAUGAUGGUAGGGCAACAGCAAAGCGUUAUGGGAGCUCAGCAGAAUGGCUUUAUGGCUCAACAGGGUGUCAUGGGGCAAGCAGUCAACACAUCCCCGUUCAUGGCAGGAGUGCCACACAGCAUGAUAAAUCAUCAGCAAAGCAUCAUGGGAGCUCAGCAGAACGGCAUGAUGGGAGCUCAGCAGAGCGGCAUGACGGGAGCUCAGCAGAGAGGCAUGAUGGGAGCUCAGCAGAACGGUAUGAUGGGAGCUCAGCAGAACGGCAUGAUGGGAGCUCAGCAGAACGGCAUGAUGGGAGCUCAGCAGAACGGUAUGAUGGGAGCUCAGCAGCAAAGCAUAAUGGGAGCUCAGCAGAACGGCAUGAUGGGAGCUCAGCAGAACGGCAUGAUGGGAGCUCAGCAGAACGGUAUGAUGGGAGCUCAGCAGCAAAGCAUAAUGGGAGCUCAGCAGAACGGCAUGAUGGGAGCUCAGCAGAGCGGCAUGAUGGGAGCUCAGCAGAACGGCAUGAUGGGAGCUCAGCAGAACGGCAUGAUGGGAGCUCAGCAGAACGGCAUGAUGGGAGCUCAGCAGAACGGCAUGAUGGGAGCUCAGCAGAGCGGCAUGAUGGGAGCUCAGCAGAGCGGCAUGAUGGGAGCUCAGCAGAACGGCAUGAUGGGAGCUCAGCAGAGCGGCAUGAUGGGAGCUCAGCAGAGCGGCAUGAUGGGAGCUCAGCAGAACGGCAUGAUGGGAGCUCAGCAGAACGGCAUGAUGGGAGCUCAGCAGAACGGCAUGAUGGGAGCUCAGCAGGUACAGCAGGAUCACUGCACCAUCACUCAGAUGACCCAGCACAUGGCGGGGGUGAACUUCUACGGCACCAAAGGCAUGAUGGGAUACGGCAGUCAGCACAUCGGAGGACCAAUGACUCAAAGCACCAACCACAUGACGACGUCUCACGUCUGGAAGUGAUGUCAUCACCUGAAGAGGAAGUUGAUGUCACUGAGCAGCAGUGGUGCUUGGAUGGUUUCGGGGACUUUUCGAAUGAACUUUCCAUCAGACAUUUUAGAUAACAUGGGAUGAGGAAGAGGAGGAGGGGUUUACUUAGGAGCUCUUUCGAUGUCUCCUCUCCACUCCUCUCCUCUCCUCUCCUCUCCUCUCCUCUCCUCUCCUCUCCUCUCCUCUCCUCUCCUCUCCUCUCCUCUCCUCUCCUCUCCUCUCCUCUCCUCUCCUCUCCUCUCCUCUCCUCUCCUCUCCUCUCCACUCCUCUCCUCUCCUUAUUUCAGAGCCAUUUUUGCAGAUUUCCACGCUUGCCUUCAGAUCAUUCUACGACCAAUCAACGGACAGGGCUCAGUGUGUGUGUGUGUGUGUGUGUGUGUGGUUGUUUGUGUGUGUGUGUGUGCAUGCUUAACUGUUUCUGAUGUGUAAUAGGUAAACAGCCUUGAUUCCUGAUUAACUCCUCCAACUGAACUAUUCCUGAAGAACUCAUCCAACUGAACUAUUCCUGAAGAACUCAUCCAACUGAACUAUUCCUGAAGAACUCAUCCAACUGAACUAUUCCUGAACUAUUCCUGAAGAACUCAUCCAACUAUUCCUGAAGAACUCCUCCAACUGAACUAUUCCUGAAGAACUUUAGACCAGGGUCUAUAGGGUAGUAGUGUACUACUUUAGACCAGGGUCUAUAGGGUAGUAGUGCACUACUUUAGACCAGGAUCUAUAGGGUAGUAGUGCACUACUUUAGACCAGGGUCUAUAGGGUAGUAGUGCACUGCUUUAGACCAGGGUCUAUAGGGUAGUAGUGCACUACUUUAGACCAGGGUCUAUAGGGUAGUAGUGCACUACUUUAGACCAGGGUCU